UCGCGGGUCCGCGCUGCGGGAGCCCAAGUUGCUCUGCGGGACCUACGGGCUUGGCGACUGGCUGUCGAGCGCAGGGUGCGCGGCCGCUGCAGAACUCCCAAGACAGGUGCGAACUCAGGGGACCCGCUGCGCCGUCCGGUCCUCGCCGUCGGGGCGUCUCUCCCGGGCCCUGCGAGCCGCGAGUGGAUGCGCGUCCGCUGAGCGUCUGAGAUGGCCGUGCGACCCGGGCCGCUCUGGUUGCUGGGCCUGGCUCUAUGCGCCCUGGGCGGCGGCCACGGCCCGCGUCCCCCACACACCUGUCCCCAGCGUCGCCUAGGAGCGCGCGAACGCCGAGACAUGCAGCGAGAGAUCCUGGCAGUGCUCGGGCUGCCUGGGCGGCCCCGACCCCGCGCGCCACCCGCCGCCUCCCGGCAGCCAGCGUCCGCGCCCCUCUUCAUGCUGGACCUGUAUCACGCCAUGGCUGAUGACGACGACGGCGGGCCCCCUCAACCUCACUUGGGUCGCGCGGACCUGGUCAUGAGCUUCGUUAAUAUGGUGGAGCGCGACCGUACCCUGGACUACCAGGAGCCACACUGGAAGGAAUUCCGCUUUGACCUAACCCAGAUCCCUGCUGGGGAGGUUGUCACAGCUGCUGAGUUCCGGAUAUAUAAAGAGCCCAGCACCCACCCGCUCAACACAACCCUCCAUGUCACUAUGUUCGAGGUGGUCCAGGAGCGCUCCAACAGGGAGUCUGACUUGUUCUUUUUGGAUCUUCAGACGCUCCGAUCUGGGGACGAGGGCUGGCUGGUGCUGGACAUCACGGCAGCCAGUGACCGCUGGUUGCUGAACCAUAACAAGGACCUGGGACUCCGUCUCUAUGUGGAAACCGAGGAUGGGCACAGCAUGGAUCCUGGCCUGGCAGGUCUGCUGGGACAACAGGCACCACGCUCCAGACAGCCUUUCAUGGUAACCUUCUUCAGAGCCAGCCCAAGUCCUGUGCGGGCCCCUCGGGCAGUGAGACCUCUGAAGAAGAGGCAGCCAAAGAAAACGAACGAGCUUCCUCAUCCCAACAGACUCCCAGGGAUCUUUGAUGAUGGCCACGGCUCCCGAGGUAGAGAUGUUUGCCGUAGGCAUGAGCUCUACGUCAGCUUCCGGGACCUCGGCUGGCUGGACUGGGUCAUCGCCCCCCAGGGCUACUCAGCCUAUUACUGCGAGGGGGAGUGUGCCUUCCCACUGGAUUCCUGUAUGAAUGCCACCAAUCAUGCAAUCUUGCAGUCCUUGGUACACCUGAUGAAACCAGAUGUCGUCCCCAAGGCCUGCUGCGCACCCACCAAACUGAGUGCCACCUCCGUGCUUUACUACGACAGCAGCAACAACGUCAUCCUGCGCAAGCACCGCAACAUGGUGGUCAAGGCCUGCGGCUGCCACUGACACCCUGCUCCACAGCCUGCUUCUGCUACCUUACCCGUCUGGUCUGGCCCCCUUCCAGAGGCAGGAAACCCUCCUAUGCUAUCGUAGCUCAGAUGGGGGCAACAGGAGGCCCUGACUUCCCCUGGCCACUUCCUGCUAAAAUUUUGGUUCUUUCCCAGCCCCUCUGUUCCCUCCUUGGGGUUUGUGGCCUAUUGCUUGCCCCCUUCUGCUCCCCCAAGCACAGACUGAAUGCACAUGGCAUCCUAGAGCUGUGCCGACUGAGGGGUCUGGGGUCAGCACUGAAGACCCACAUGAGAGGAAGACCGGUCCUUGGCCAUCUCCAGCCCAGAAUGGUCAAUCCUGGAUGGUCUAAGGCGGCGCUGGAGUGUGAAACUGGCUGAUCUGGGCUCUGCACCAUUCACUGCGGCAGGGGGCGGGGGCGUGUCUAGAUAUAACAGACACGCCCACUUAGACCAGUGCAUUGCUGUCCUGUGCUGUGGAGUUAGCUUGUUAGAAAUAGACUAGUCAGAGGCAGCUGGGGUAGUGCACACCAUUAAUCCCAGCACUAGGGAGACAGAGGAUCUCUGUGAGUUCAAGGCCACACAGGGGAAUCCUGUCUCAAAAAAGAGAAGACAAAAGAACCACCUGGCUGGGACCAGUGAAAGGGACAUUUUAUGACCUGUGUCCUGGACCUGCUCUUCUGCCCGGGAGCAAAGGACCCUGGGAACUUCCAGUUCCCUCUACCACUGCUACCAUGCUGACCAGUUGGGGGCUGGACACUGAGACAGAACGAAUUCUCAGAAACGAGAACACCCUGAAGUGACUGGUGCAGGUUGGCACCAGUGGGGGGCUGCUGCUUCUCUAGCCUGCUCAGUGAUCCCCUCCGAGCGCUCACGCUGCACCUGGCCAGGCCUCCACAUCCUCAGCACAGAGCUGCAGAAUGCCGCCACCAGCUACUCAGAGGGAAAGGUCUUGGCUUCCCUCUUCUCCCAGAAGAGCCACCCAUUCCGCCUAGGCCCUCCAGUCAGGCAUGGGGCAAAGGGGAGGAGUGUCCACGUUUGCUUAUGUCUGGGAACUAAGAACAGGUUGGUCACCAAGUUGGCGUCACCCUGGGGGCCCAGCAGCCCCAUCCUGUUUCUGGGACCUGUGAGUCAAAGAAAGGGCCCCUGUCCCAGGGGACUGGCAGGUGGUAAUUAGGCCGAGUUGGGUGGGGAGGCUCGGAAACCACUGCUCUCCUUGGGGCAGCCGCUGGGAGCUGGAGUGUUUAUUUGAUUUCUGACUUGCUAAGCCUGUAAUUUACCUGCGGGAACAGAGUCCAGCUGCCCAAACUGUGUCAUUAAGAGCAGGUCUCGGGCCCAUCCCCAUCUAGAGACACACCCAGCGGAGGUGGACCCACCCAGGUGCCCAGGGAUGCACUCGCUGGGGUUCAUGCUCUGCACCCCUGAAUGUGCCUCAGGGAGGCUAGGACUAGCGACCAGAGUGAGGCUGGAGGGAGUGAGAUGGGGGCCAUGCUGCAGGCCGGCAGCCUCUCCCCUUGGGCCUGGGAAGGUUUCCUGUGUGAGAUCGGAGGAGGGAACCCCUCCAUGUGUACAAAGAAUGGGCCCAGAGUAUCUGCAAGAUGGUGAGUUCACCAAGAGCUUCAGGCUUCUGGGGCUGGAGAGAAGGUUCAGGAGUUAGGAGCACUGGCGGCUCUUCCAGAGGACCAGGGUUUGAUUCCCGGCACCCACAAGG